AUGGGAAAAAAAGUUCGAGUUGAUGGAGUUGAUGCAUAUUUAAGAGCUUCGAAUUUAUGUUUACGAUUUGUGUGUUUAUAUUUCUUUGGAAAAAGCAAGAAAAUAAAGAAUAGAGAAAAAAAAGCCCUCUAUGCUUUCAUUCAUACUAACGAGCUAUAUUCAGAAACAGAACAAGGAGAAGAAAUCAUUUUGGAGCUUAAAGCUUCGAAAAGAAAAUGA